GGCUUCAUGACCUCAGGCGAGGUGCUUGAAGUUGGGUUUCCAUGCCUGUUCCUCCCUGCUGGGGUUACCAGGGGUGUCAUCUCUAAGCUCCUCCCAGCUCCCAAAAUACCAGCCCUACCUCUCAGUACUGCCAGAAAGUGCUUAGCACAUUAGCGGGUUUAGCCACUGCCACGGUGACAGGCACUUAGGAGGCUGCGGCAGCACAGAGAUUUCAUCGUGAAUUCCUUCCAGUGCCUCACUAUUUUGACAACACAGGGCAGCACGGUUACCAGGAACCUACCCUGUCUGCCUGGCUGGCAGACCUCUCUUUGGCCUUCUGGAGCUCACUCGGAACAGGUCUUGGAUCCUGACAACUUUCUUUUUCCAGAGUGGCCUCAGCUCAGCGGCUUCUCUUGCAAGGGAGACAAGAGACUCCUAGUCCUGCCAAGGAGGCAGCCAGGCAGGCUGAGAGAAAGUCUCACCCAGCAGCCCUGUGUUCUGAAGCCCCAGCCCUUGCUCCUUCUCUGCCACCUCAGGCUGCGGGCCCCGAAGCACAUCUCCAGCUCUCUAAAACCCGCGGUUCUCAUCUGCAGGCCAGAAUAACUUGGCCAGCUCUACCUACGUCCGUGUAAGGCUUGUCAUCUGCAAGAGACAGUGGACGUGGGCGUGUUUCGAAAGGGUGAGGUGAAGCCUCUGUGAGCUCCUGAAGGGAGGACACUGUGUCUUAUCUGCUGUGAAUUCCUCCAUGAUGUCCAGUCUGUGGGAUAUAAAGGAAAAUAUGAUGGCUUUCUAGAAGCUGCCGGUGUCCUCCCCGGAUGAGUAUGCCUUGGGGACCAGUUCUACAAGGAGGCCAUUGAGCAUUGCCGGAGCUACAACUCACGACUGUGUGCAGAGCGGAGUGUGCGCCUCCCCUUCCUGGACUCACAGACUGGGGUGGCCCAGAACAAUUGCUACAUCUGGAUGGAGAAGAGGCACCGAGGCCCAGGCCUGGCUCCGGGCCAGCUGUACACGUACCCUGCCCGCUGCUGGCGCAAGAAGCGACGAUUGCACCCGCCAGAAGACCCAAAGCUGCGGCUCCUCGAAAUAAAGCCUGAAGUAGAACUGCCCCUGAAGAAAGAUGGCUUCACCUCUGAGAGCACGACACUGGAGGCCUUGCUUCGUGGCGAGGGAGUGGAGAAGAAGGUGGAUGCCAGGGAAGAGGAGAGCAUCCAGGAAAUACAGAGGGUUUUGGAAAAUGACGAAAAUGUAGACGAAGGGAAUGAAGAGGAGGAUUUGGAAGAGGACAUUCCCAAGCGCAAGAACAGGACCAGAGGACGGGCUCGUGGCUCUGCAGGCGGCAGGAGGAGGCAUGAUGCUGCUUCUCAGGAAGACCAUGACAAACCCUACGUGUGUGACAUCUGUGGCAAGCGCUACAAGAACCGACCGGGACUCAGCUACCACUAUGCUCACACUCACCUGGCCAGCGAGGAGGGCGAUGAAGCCCAAGACCAGGACACGCGGUCCCCACCCAACCACAGAAACGAGAACCACAGACCCCAGAAAGGACCAGAUGGGACAGUCAUUCCCAAUAACUACUGUGACUUCUGCUUGGGGGGCUCAAACAUGAACAAGAAGAGUGGGAGGCCGGAAGAGCUUGUGUCCUGUGCAGACUGUGGACGCUCUGGUCACCCAACUUGCCUGCAGUUCACUCUGAAUAUGACCGAGGCGGUCAAGACCUACAAGUGGCAGUGCAUAGAAUGCAAAUCCUGCAUCCUGUGCGGGACUUCGGAGAACGAUGAUCAGCUACUCUUCUGCGACGACUGUGACCGUGGGUAUCACAUGUACUGUUUAAACCCCCCAGUGGCUGAGCCCCCAGAAGGAAGCUGGAGCUGCCACUUAUGCUGGGAGCUGCUCAAAGAGAAAGCCUCAGCCUUUGGCUGCCAGGCCUAGGGCCUCAGGUCACAGAAUGUGACGUGCCGCCAGAGGCUGACCUGGAGCCCUGUUCUAUCCGGAUGGAGCUCUCCUCCUGCACAUCCACACAGACCAACUGUAAGGAAAAUGAGUAGUUACAGAAGGACAUGCACGCAGAACCAAGAGGGCAAGGUCUCGACUCGCCUACCGCCCUGCCUACGCCCGCUCUCCAGUCCCACAUGAGGUAUUCAGCCAGUCCUUCCUCGUUUCUACCAGAGGGAGCUUGCACUUCUGAAGAACAGUUCAGCCUCUACCCUGUGGAACCUUACUCACGUUCACCCUCACAGUGUAUCCCUCUCAUGGCUUCCCAUUUUAGAGGGAGCCAUUUUUGUGACUGCUCACAAGCGCUUGUGUAUUGAUGGUGUUCUUUCUUUUUUAAGUCUCUUGUGUUUCAAGAUCCCUUCACCCAGCCUCUUCACCUUUAGCUUAGGCUCGUCAUCCUAAAGUCUCACAGAGGAGCAAAACGCUGUGGAAAAGUUGUUACUUAUUACACGCUUCACCGGAAAUGUCUGCGUUUGGAGGCCAUCUUGAAGACGGAACUUAGAAACCUCUCGGUAAAGAAGUAGUUUUUCGUAUCUCAGCAGUGGCCUCCACAGCUGGGAUGAUCUUGAUCCAUUGCACCAGCGCUUGAUGAGGGGUUGAGAGGGCCCGAGAGAUGGGAUGAAAAACCGGGACCCAAGUAUAACCAGUUCGUAUUUGCUGUUCAACAAGAGAAGCCUUGCAGGGGACCCAGGGUUCCUUGACCUUCACAACUGUGGUGUCCUUGAGAUGAGACAAACCACAGCCUACAAGUACUGAAAGUGCUGAAGAUUCCCAGUGCCUCCCGCCUGAGUUGAGUGUCAAGGCCUGGUUCAGUUUCCGCUGGUGGGAGUCGAGCAUCAGCGAAGCAGGCAAAGGCUGCCCGUUCAAUGGUCCAAUGUUGAUAAGAGAGAGUGUAGCUUUGAGAAACCCUUCAGUGUUAACGCUACACUGUGAAUUCCUUUCCCAGACAAUUUCCUCCUCCCAUGUAGUAUAUGUUUGCCAGUGACUACUGAGAUGUGACUGAGAAUUUUAGAAUGGAGGAGAAAUGAUCAUUGCUUGACUAGGUCAUUGAGCAUGGUGAUUGCUUGUGACCUGGUGGCGGUGAUUCAGAACCCUCGUCUGCUCUUGUAGCUGAAGCUCCCCCGUGUGAGCAGGACUCCUGUUUGAAAUAAGAAAGUUUCUAGAGAAAGAGGUGGGGAGGUCCAGAUUCCGAGAACUCUGUGUGUCGGGAGACAUCCUUGUGGGCUGGAGUGGGGCGGGCUGUCUCUGGAUCACAGCAACAGCUUGGUAACUGACACAUUUCUGGAAAAAUCAUUUGCCCAAAGGGCAGGUCUCGGUGAGAAGGACCCUCGCGCAUGCUCGGCUUCCCUGAAAUCAGUUCCAUCGCUGUGGUCCAGCAGCUUGUAACAAAGGCCUGGGUUAUUUUUAGUCUUCGGCUCCUGAAGAAGCCCCUGGAGACCUGGGCUAGUUGGGCCACUCUGCCCAGAUGCGGCAUUGCCUCUGCCACUCCACAGGACUCGUCCUCCCCCUGGCUAAUUGCUCUUGGCACCUGGACCUGGGGCAGCCUGGCAGGGAUCCAAGCAGUGUGCUCCCCUGCCCCCAACUCCUUUGCAGAGUGACCUGUGGCAAGAGAGUGGGGGUCUCCUGCAGGCCCUGUGACCUCGGAGCUGGUUACAUGCAUACAUAAUGAUCUCAUUUAAAGGGCCAUUGUCCAGA